AUGCAAUCCGCCCUCCAACCCGUAAUAGGCCCCAGGAAGGAAAUCCACGAUCUCCGAGGGCGAGUCGCCCUGGUGACCGGCGGAGCAUUGGGCAUCGGAUAUGAAGUCUCUCGCGCGUUCGUGCUCAAUGGCGCCCGCGUCAUCAUGGUCAACCGCAAAGAGGACCAAGGCCAGGCCGCCAUCGACAAGAUCAAAGAGGAGGCCGGCGCAGACGCACAGAUCGAAUGGAUCCCCUGCGACAUGGGCAAUCUGCAGCAGAUCAAGGAGGUCUUCUCGGGGAUCCGGGAGCGCGAGCAGCGACUUGAUCUUCUCAUCCUCUCCGCGGGGAUCAACGCGAACCAGUACGGCGAGACGGCCGAUAACCUCGAUCGACAUUUCGAGGUGAACUUCCUCGGGCAGUUCUACGUCGUCAAUCAGCUGUGGCCGCUGCUGCGCAAGACGGGCAGGAUGCCCGGGACGCCCGCGCCACGGGUCGUCUUCGAGUCCUCCGAGCAGCACCGCAAUGCGCCCAAGGUCGUGCAUUUCGGGUCCGUGGAGGAGGUCAACAACCCCGAGAUCGGGAGCACGGAGGUCUACGGACGGACGAAGCUGGCGAUCAUCCUGGGGGUCAAGUAUGGGUUGUUUGGCCGGGUGAUCAAGCCCAACAAGGAUAAUGUCUAUGCGCUUUCUGUGCAUCCUGGCGCGGUCAACACGGCGAUGCAGCAGCAGUGGAAAGACGCAUACCCCGGUCUACUCGGCAAGCUCCUCACGACCGUCAUGCUGGCCGUGGGCCGGAACGUCGAGCAGGGCUCGUACAGUGCCUUGUAUGCGGCGACGAGUCCUGAGAUCGAGGAGAGGGGGUGGAAUGGGUACUAUUUUAGCGACGUUGCGCAGCCUGGCAAGGAGUCGGCACAGGCGUCCGAUCCGAUGCUGGGGGCUGCAUUGUGGGAUUUGAGUCAUCGGCUCAUUAGGGAGAAGGUUGGAGAGGAUGGAUUGGUGGAUUGGAAUGCGGCAGUUUAA